CGCGUAAUAUCGACGCAAAGGCUCAUUGUGGUUGAUUCGUAAGGCCUCGCUAGGUAGAGGCUCAUAGAAGUGCAGGUAGUGGCGUAGCUGAGUCGUGCCUAGUCGCGUAGUGAAGAUGCCGACCAAGAAAAAGAAGCCAACACUCAAAUCCUCAUCUUUCAAUCGCGGCUUUGCAACAACGUCGGUGCCCAAGAAGGCAGAAGAAACUCUCCCAGAUGAAACCGGUGAAACACAGGAAAAGACACCAUCGAACCCCGUACACAGCGGCGCCAAGUAUAAUGGAAGCAGUACUCCCGGGGCCGGCGGGCCGGCUGCCGCAUCCGCUGCGAAAGGGAGGUACGGGUUCGACGAGGAGGAUGCGGACCAGCAGGACUUGCAGAAUCUCGUCGAGAAGCACAUGGACAAAAUUGAGAAGGAUGUAUCACGAUACUGGAAGAUCAUCGAAUUCGAUCGGCGAGUGGCAAGUACGUUACCAACCUUCGAGCUGGACAAAAGCAUCAAAGAUGAAAUCCUCGAAUUAGCUUCACAUUACACACGGGUGAAGCUUUCUGGAAAUUACCGCAAGGAGCAAAAGCCGAACGGGCUCAUCAUAGAAGACGAACCUGAUGAGCUCUUCCCUUCGCUCAACCCUCAAGCCGCCUCUUUUACCCCAAAGACUCCUGCAAAAUUGUCGGCAAGUGCUGCUGAAUUCAAGCCUACGCAUGCGGACCCACCAUUGCUACCUGACUGGGAAGAUUUACCCGCGCCUCCACUACGAGAAGCGCACGAGCCAUUCGACAAAGUCCUCCCACGAGCGAUGGUUACGCGCGCGCUCCUAAUCAAGCUCGGCUUCUCACCCGAGCAAGCCAUCAUGGCUAUUGCAAAAUCCCCGAGUUUGGAGCUGGAAGAGUGCAUCACGUAUCUCGUCUUGAGGUUGGGAGAAAAUGAAGUCGAAAAGGCCUGGGGCCGGACAUUGGAGGGGGCUAAAAAGCAUACGAGCAGAAAUCCAAGCGCGAAUGCAAUUGGGAUAAACACGCCGAAGCGCGAGGAAAUGGGCAAUGGCGUCAAUGCGGAUUCGGACGGCACCGAUGAUACCAUCGAAGAGACGGAUGUCCACGACGAGAGCAGGCCUCCCAAACAUGAAUCGUACACAUUUGAGAGACGCACCGAGAUGUUGUCGUCUGCCUCCAACAAAGUGGUCGUCGCUGCCACUGCCGCUGUCGAUGGUCCCAGCCUAAGCAGCAACAAAACUGCAUCCGAUACCAAUGGAAAGGGGAAUGGAAAACAUGUGGAAGGAGGGGCAGACGCUUCUCCAAUGGGAAAGCAGCGUAUCAUCAAGCCACCGCCAGAUGACACUAUUAUUUUACCACUCUACAAGGUCCGCGAGCUGCUCAAGCACGCCGAAAAGAUUAGCAGCGACAUCAAUCAGCGCUUGGCCGACGUAGAAGACGACCUCGAUAUUUAUCAUGCGGGUCCGAUCGCAGCGUGGGUCUCAACACGGGUGGCACUCAUUCAUGUCGAGAAAAUGUACGGGUGGAUGAAGCGGGCGCUCGGACAAGCACACCUGAUGAGCCCGCUAGGACAAGGAUAUGGAGCGGCCAAUGCACUACGUGACACACAGAGCAAGCUGUUCCAGCGUCUUGCGGAGGCAGAGAAAGUCCCACGCUGGCGCAAGGAUACGGCUGAAAGCGUCCUGCGAGAGACGCUCAGGAAAGAAGCGGAGCUGGAGAAGAUGCGGAAAGAUGGCCCAGAUGUCUGGGUGGACAUCUUGGGCGAUGUCGAGGAGCAGGCUCGCGCCAAGGAAGUGAUCGAAAAGGAAGAAGAGCGCCGCCGCGGCGGAGAAGGGUAUGUGGUGACCGGGCACAACAAGGCGUUGAUGGACGCCCGCGACUUAAUUCAGGGACAUGCCAUCGAAGAUGAACCCGAGAAGGACGGAGAGGCCGCAGGAGGGAACGAGAACUCUUUAAAGAAAGCCAAAAAGGAUAGCAAGAAGGCAAGGAGUGCGUCUAAGCCGGAUGACAACCUGCAAGGACCGAGCGGAGAUGCCCAAGCCGGAAAUGCGGUUCCAAAGGAAGAGACCGCAGAGGAGGAAGGUGGCAUGUUUGGACAACUUCUGGAGGAAAGGACGCAAGAGACUCGCGACGCCAAGACUAACGCAAUUGUCCGCCUGCGUACGCUUCCCCCACAAGCCAAAUCGGGCGGGGGUGGCAAAUCGCCGCAGGGAGUGUUGCUUGAGACGCUUCGACGCCUGGAUCUGAACGCCUCCGUCAAAUAUGCUGCUGUUGGUGGUGGAGGCUGGCUGUGUAGAAGCCAGUUGACAAUGCGUUGGUGUGGUCCAGAUACUUUAUCGAUGCUGCAAACCGUCCCAGCAGCACAGCGCAAGUUCAUGUCUCUGUCUGACACCAAGAUCUGCGUCGACACCUUUGCGCUCACCGGCGAAGGGUGCGAGACCCAACAACAAGCUCAUGACUUGAUUGCUACUGUUGCUCUCAACUGCAUCGAACGGGACAGGCCAGUCCAGCGGCUGCUCAGCACUGGCUACAGAGAUUGGUGGGACGAGCUCGAGAAUGCACGAGGCAGGGGCAAGGACUCCUCCUCACGGGACAUGAUCGGCAAAGUACGAGAUGCCAUCCUUCCUCGGCUGGCCAACAGCCCAGCGAGCAAGGAAAGCAACGUCGUCGCACUGGAUACAGAGAACAAGCAGCGCGACUUCCGAGACUUGGCCAACAGUGGCCUAAGGCAUCUUGAUGUUAAAGGCGCACAGAGGCUACAAGAGAGUUUCGAGAAACGUGUCGCAUCUCCAUCUUACCAGACAAUGCUUGUGGGGCGCAAGCAGCUGCCCAUCUACAGCUUCCGUGACCACAUUCUUGAAGUCUUGGAGAACAGCCAGGUGUUUGUUCUUUCUGGCGAGACUGGAUGCGGCAAAUCGACUCAGGUCCCAGCAUACAUCCUGGAGCAUUGUCUAGGAAGGGGCUUACCGUGCAAAGUUUACUGUACCGAGCCCCGACGCAUCUCUGCCAUCUCGCUUGCUGAGCGCGUUUCGGCCGAAUUCGGAGAGGCGAAGAACGCGGUUGGCAGUGACGAUAGCCUUGUUGGCUAUUCGAUCCGCCUCGAGAGCAACGUUGGCCGCAACGCGAAACUCAUUUACGCCACCACAGGUAUUGUCUUGCGCAUGCUCGAAGGCGAAGCGUUCAACGAGAUUACGCAUAUCAUCAUCGAUGAAGUACAUGAGCGCUCGAUCGAAUCCGACUUUUUGCUCAUCAUCCUCAAGACGCUCAUGCAAUACAGGCGUGAUCUCAAAAUCAUCUUAAUGUCCGCCACAGUCGACGCGGAGCGUAUCAGCGCAUACUUUGACGGCUGUCCAACUGUCUCGGUGCCGGGUCGGACCUUCCCCGUCAACGUGCGAUAUCUCGAAGAUGCGGUCGAAAUGUGCAAAUACAUCCUUGAGGACGGUUCGCCUUAUCAGCGCCGGCAGAAGCGCAGGUGGGGACAGACUGAGGUGCGCGACAAUGUUGCAAAGCUGCGAUCGAACGUCGAGGUCGAUGACUUGGAUGGAUCAGACGAGGACAAUGGACCGUCUGCAACAAAUCUCUCGAAGAGCGACAAGGUCUACUCACCGAGAACCAUCGAGACCAUAGAUCGCAUGGACGAGAACACAGUCAAUCAAGAACUGAUCUUGAGCCUUCUCGAGCAGCUUUGUUUUAACAAACAAGAAUUGCUGCCGUACAGCGCUGCCGUCCUCAUCUUCAUGCCUGGCCUGGCUGAAAUCCGGACCUGCUUCGAUUUGCUAUCAGCGCACCACCUCUUCGGCAACGAAGCGUUCAGAAUUUACCCUUUGCACUCUACAAUCAGCAGCGAGAACCAAAGUGCAGUCUUUGAGGUCCCGCCGGAAGGUGUACGGAAGAUCGUCAUCGCAACCAACAUUGCCGAGACGGGCAUCACGAUACCGGACAUUACCUGUGUCAUAGACACCGGUCGGCAGCGCGAAAUGAGGUACGAUGAAAAGCGCCAGAUCAGCCGCCUUGUCGACUGCUUUGUCGCAAAGAGCAACGCAAAGCAGAGAAGAGGUCGAGCUGGACGCGUCAGGGAGGGGCUGUGCUUUCAUCUGUUCACGAAACUCCGGCAUGAUGAAUAUCUGGAUGAGCAUCCGCUCCCCGAGAUGCUACGCUUAUCUCUGCAAGACCUCGCCCUGAAACUCAAAGUGAUGAAAGUCAAGAUCGGAACGAGCAUCGAGAACGCUCUCUCUCAGGCUCUCGAUCCACCUUCGCCUACCAAUGUACAGCGCGCCGUGGCGUCUUUGGUGGAGGUCAAGGCUCUAACGACCUUGGAGGGCAUCACGCCACUUGGGCGACAUUUGAGCCGCUUGCCGCUAGAUGUGCACAUGGCUAAGUUCCUGUUGAUUGCGGCAACAUUCAAGUGCCUGGAUCCGGCACUUACCAUUGCCGCAGCCCUCAAUUCAAAAUCGCCAUUCGUCUCACCGUUUGGCAAAGAGGCUCAAGCAGACGCUGCAAAGGCGGGCUUCAAGAUCGCCGACAGCGACUUCAUGACGAUCGCCAACGCUUUCAACUCUUGGCGAAGGGCCGUCUCAAACAAUUUCGGUCGCCAAUUCUGUCAGAAAAACUACCUGUCACAGCAGAACUUGCAGCAAAUUGAAGAGCUUAGGCAGCAGUACCUCGCAUACUUAAUUGAUGCAGGGUUCUUGCAAAUCGAUGCAGAGAUGCGGAGGGACAUUGCCCGGGCCAGAUACCGGUCCUGGGGUAGACCACGGUUCGCAAUGACUCCGCCCGAGUACGACAUCUACAGCUCCAGAGUCUCCAUCGUGAAUGCAGUGGCGGCAGCAGGGCUGUAUCCGAAACUGAUCUCUAUCGACCCCAGCAACUACUCUCUGCGCACGCUGAUCAACAACCAGCCUGUGUCGAUUCAUCCGAGCUCGGUCAAUUUCAAGUCCAAGCUCAGUGAAUUGCCCAAGUCGGUUCAUCACUUACUUUACUUCACAAUUAUGCAAUCCAAAAAGUUAUACGCUUGGGACACAGCAGCCCUCGAUGACCGAGCAAUCCUCCUGCUCUGCGGCGAGGCAGAUGCGAAACUCAGUGCUAACAGUCUUUACAUCGAUCGCCGCGUCAGAGUUUGCAUCUCAGAUCUGCGCACAAAUGUUGCGCUCCUCCUUUUGAGGGAGCAGAUGACGAAGCUAAUCAACAGCAGCUUCCGCAACCCAGGAAAACAAUGGAGCGACGAACGAAGCGUAUACUUUGACACUGCUACAAGAAUGCUCGGCGUAUCCACUCUGUCCGAUGCCAUUUUGCAGCAGUAACUGAUCAGCAUCUUGUUUAGUAGCGAGUUGCUAAGCUUCUCAAUUGGCGUGCAUUUGUACAUCGGUAGACGAGGGCAAACCCAGAGCGUCCAUAAAAAAUGCAAACUCGAGUGGAGC